UACCGGACGUCACGAGAGAACGUGAAAAACACGCGAUAUUUCCAGAGACACCAGUGCAUAUGUUGUAAACCCGAGUUAACUGUUUAGUUGUCAGUAGUCCUUUUUGCCGGGCACUACUGCCAGAUAACAGUGUGAAUACCGUGGUUCUUCGAGGGAGCUUAAAUUGCUAAAACAGUAAAUAUGCAGCCUGCAGCAGCCAAGUGGUAUGACAGACGAGACUCUGUCUUUAUAGAGUUUUGCGUGGAGGACAGUAAAGAUGUGCAAGUAAACUUUGACAAGUCAAAAUUCAGUUUCAGCUGUGUCAGUGGAACAGAUGAUAUCAAACACCAGAAUGCAGUGGAGCUUUUUGGAGAGAUUGACCCUAAAGAAUCCAAACACAGACGCACUGACAGGUCUGUGUUGUGUUGUUUACGAAAAGCAGAGCCUGGGAAGUCAUGGCCAAGACUUACCAAAGACAAGGCAAAGUGCAACUGGCUAAGUGUGGAUUUCAAUAAUUGGAAAGACUGGGAAGAUGACUCAGAUGAGGACUUGUCAAGUUUUGACAAAUUCUCAGAGAUGAUGAAUAGCAUGGGUGGGGAUGAUCUACCAGAUUUAGAUGGAGCAGAUGAUGAGCACGAGUCUGCAGACAGCGAUGAUGAAAAAAUGCCUGAUCUUGAGUAGUUGAAUAUGGAUGCCACCUCAGUAGUUAACAAAGUGAGUUCUAAGUUGGUUGAAGAGAGAGACUAGGCAUGAGUUGGCAUCCACGUUGAAGAAGAACCUAGUCUCGACGCAGUUUCCAAAGCGACACCCCUGAAGGGAGUGGCAGGGAGUGACUGUUGGAUGGAGACAUGCACAGAAAUCCAUAGCAACAUACAGUGCUGUGCUUUGCUGUUUUGUUUUGCAUGGACAAUUCUGUUCAAAUGAAAAUGUUAUUGUUCAUUGACUUAAAUGAUGAUGUUAUGGGAUGUACUGAUGUCUUACAACUUCUCUCCGUCUUUUUUUUUCCUUUUUUUUUUUUGCAGAUGUCAGGUUAUGUAUUAAACGUUGUGAUUUCUAAUGAAAAGAAAAAAAACCUCAAAAAUGCCUAUUUUCCAAAAAAGUAGAUUUUUUAAUAACAGAUUUUCCCCUUUAAUGUUUGUAUUGUAAAUUGCACAUAUUUUCUUUGUUAAUUUAAGAGGCAGGAGUUCUGCUUGUAAUGAGUUUUUCAAAUGUAUGCCAACAUCUACAAAUAUUUAACAAUAACUUCUUCUUCUUUUUUUUUUUUUAAACAUGUUUCAGCAUUUAAAAUAAACAUGCUUGUGCAACUUAACAGCUUGUGUUGAGGUUAUGGUAGUGGAGUGCUGCUGUUGUUUCACGUAGUCAUGCCUUUGCAAAGAUGAGUUUCUUUAUGCUGUUAUACGAAUCAUCAAAAUUAAUUUUCUUACAGAUAACCCAAGGUGACGGCAGAGAUCCUGUGUAGUUAACAAAGUCACACAAAUGGUUUGAUCCCAUAUCGAUUAUAAAUGUUUAUCAUAUACAACAGAACUAUGAUUGGAGGUUUGUUUGAUUCAACAUGUGUUGAAUUCUUUCUUUGUCUUAUAUUGUGGGAGUUUGGCUAUUCAUUUCUAAUAAACUUUACUGGUCACUGUAA